AUGUCCAAUGUUGACAUUUCCCUCGGGGAUGAUAUCGUCCCCAAUUGGUUUAUUCUAUUCUUUCUAUCUGUGCUUUUUCUUUCUCUGAAGACAUUGAAAACACUGACAGCGCCAAUCAAUCCCAAGGGAUGUCGCCGCCUAGGACUUCCGCCAGGCCAAAGCAACCUAGACGAUGAGUUCGACUCAAAGUACAGCCAGGGUCUACCUAGCAAUCAAGAUGAUCACGGCCGUCCGUCCUGGCGCGUAAAGGCAUUGUUCAGCUACCCGCUCAAAUCCUGUGGCGCAGUCGAGCUGCAAGUCUCAAACGUCGUACCAACUGGACUUGAAUUUGAUAGACAAUUCGUCUUUGCAGAGUACAUCAAUGACGAAUGGACCAUUCGUACCCUGCGAAAUGCAAGCUUCAAUUGUCUAGCCUUGAUCCAUCCGGAGAUCUGGGUUCCUGACCCGUCUGCCCCAGAUUACAACGCAGACCUGUCAGAAGUCAAGUCGCAGGGUGUGAUGUUGAUAUCGUAUCCCCGAAUUCCGCCAGCAGGAUGGAAGGGUCUGCCCAUCAAGCUCGGCAUGGCACUCAAGUUCCUCAAAAGCCAACGGACAUUCCAAGUCCCGCUACUUCCCCCCGCGGACUCCAAGUUCCCACUAGUCCCAGUCAAGAUCUGGAAAGACAAGCCCCUAGCCCAUGACUACGGCAGACUGCUCCCAGCAUCAUUACACGCAUAUCUAGGGUCCGACCCAUCAAAAAAGACCCUGACACUCUUCCGCGCCAGUGCACCCCAUUCACGGCAGAUCUUCCGUAACGCACCGCGCAAAGAAGACCUAGGCUUCCAGCCAAGCACAGCCUUCGCAGACGCGUAUCCAAUCCACCUGCUCAGCAUCUCCAGUCACCGGGAUGUAGCAGCACGCUGUGCCUACGCAAUCCCGCGAUUGAGCAUUCGCCGUUUCCGCGCGAACAUCAUCAUUCAAGGCCCGUCUGCUUUUGAGGAAGAUCACUGGAAGCGGCUUGCUAUUGGCGGUACCGAGAUCCACGCUUCUUGUCGGACUGUCCGGUGUCGACUGCCUAAUGUCGAUCCGCUGUCCGGGGAUAGACAUAAUGCUGAGCCGGAUCGGACGCUAAAGUCGUAUCGGCGGAUUGAUGAUGGCGAUCGGACCAAUGCGUGUUUAGGGAUGCAGCUUGUUCCUGCGAAGGAGGAGUUUGUGGUUAGGGUUGGGGAUUCUGUUGAGGUUCUUGAGACCGGGGUGCACCGGUAUAUUAAGAUGUUGGCCCCCGGGGAGAAGGUCGAGGGGGUGUAA